AUGAACGUAAGAAAUCCAUAUUGCGCAUUUGUUCUAGUGCGUGGUGAAACCCGAAGUACAGCAGCAUUUCUUCAUUUUACAUAUUUUGUAGCAUAUCCAGUACUUUUACCAAAUGUACAAAGCUGCCAUAGUUCUGACCAAAUUCCUUUAACAGCCAAACGGAAGCGCCGCCAUCGGACUAUAUUUACUGAAGAACAACUGGAACAGUUAGAAGCGACCUUUCAGACGACACAUUAUCCUGAUGUUUUACUCAGGGAGAAGCUUGCUAUGGAAGUUGAACUCAAGGAAGAACGAAUUGAAGUUUGGUUUAAAAACAGAAGAGCAAAAUGGCGGCGGCAAAAGAGAGAAGAAUCUCAGAAAGGGACGAUUGAUGGAGACAUGUUGGCAAAUAAAGACGAUUCUAAUGCUUGUAAAACCGACGAUGAAAGAAUUGAUGUCUUAAGUCUGGAUCCUGUACCAGAAAGUGUUUCCCUCGAUAUGGGAUUAGGACUUCAAGCGUCUGGAGAAAUAUCCAGUACGGCUUCACCAUGACGGAAUGUUGCGAUAUUUGUUUUAUGUGAAAUCUCCUUCAAGCAUUUUGUUUAUUUGAUUGCUUGUUUGUUUUCUUGUUAUUGUUGUUGCUGUUGUUGCUUCAGUUGUGUUCAAGGAAGCACUGAUAUUUUUAUUGAUACCUUUUGAACUUCUCGUAGGGAAGUAACAAUAACUCGUACUGCAGAUGUACUCAAUUACCAAGCAGCUUCUAAUUGGUAGCUUGAUCUGCUAAAAACAGCAGCAAUAUUUUCCUCGAAUCACAUUCUACCAUCUUAAAAAAAGAAGGACACAUAUUUGGAUCACAUGGUCCUGGAUGAACACUGCCUGUAAAAUAGGAAAAAAAAGGAAUAAGACGGGAUGGUCAUUGCUUGAAUAUCUUUGAUCAUAGCUCUGCUCAAUCACAGGAUGAACUUGGGCUAAAAAAACAACAGCAACAACAACAGCAGCAACAUCAAAAUAAUUUUCAGUGAGGAAGCAUUGUUGAUUAAAAGCUUCUUUUGACAUUUAUUUCUGGACAACAUAAUUUAAAAGUAAAAAUAAAAAAUAAUUAUUAAGUCGCUGGACAGAUUAAACAUGGGAUUAAUUGCUGACUUUAUUAUCCCAAACCCUCCCCCCCAGUUCUCUACACCUCCUCAAAUAAAUGAUCUACUCCGUUUUGCCCUCACAUUAACUUCUCUUCUCCCGUCCCCUCUUGCUUUGAACUAGACACCCAGGCUGGGCGUUUUGUAGCCGACAUAUUUGAAAACGUCUUCUCAAGUGUAUUAAUAGUGGUACGUAUUUUAUGGAGUCUCUUUGAACAAUGAAAACCAAAGGACGUUCAUUAAACUGGGUUUACAUCAAAAUAAGCCGUUCAAUGUUGUAUGUGUUUAUCGAUGUAUAAAGGUGCAUGUAAAUGUAUUUAAAUGAACUGUUUAUCGAGCAACAUACACUGACAAUGAACGAUAUUUUCCGAUUAAAUCUUCACAUAACAAAACAACAGUAAACAUAACAAAUAUUAAAACACCAACCAUAACAAAAACACGGCAACAAUAAUAAUAACAACAUCAACAAAACCAAAUCAAAUAAAAGAAAUAUACAGACUAUGAACUGAUUUCGUAUUGUAAUGGGGUAGUUUUGCUAUCCUUAUGAAUUUCCUGUCUUUGAAAAAUUCUAACAUAUCCAUUUCUGAGUGGAGCAUAUUGUAACAAGGUCAUUGGGUACCGUCUAAGCACUGUACAGUAAAGAUAAACUUCUAACGAGCGAAGCUUGCAAACCAGGUUCUAUUCCUGGUUAAGACAUUUCACUUCGUUCGUUAUCCGAGACCUGUGAUUUAUUUCAUUCUUUUUCUUUCCCCACCUUUUUUUUUUUUUCGUUUUUGCUUUCUCUACAUUCAACAGGCUGGAAAUGGAUGGACACCCAUCUCCAUGCACCCUACUCAAAAAUGACUUGUCUUUCAUAAUUUCAUACAUCAAAUAAAGCCAAUUGAGAAUCUUCCUUGGUGAUGUGACCCAAUGACUCAUUAAGAUAUAAUUUCGUUUUGAUUUGAUUUUUCUCUUUUUUGCGGGAAAUAUAACUGCAUUUGAACUACCACUAGAAAUCGAAAUCAUGAAUCGGGAAUCACAAAUCUGGCCCUAUAAAGGUUUUCCUCCAUGAUGCUCAACUUGGAUAUUGAUAACUACACGACCAAUAUCUAAUAUUUCAUGGAUAUUCUAAUAAAAAUAUCAAUUCACCGCAACUGCUGCAAAUAUUGACAAUAAAAAUGAAUUUGUAAAAAAAAACUCGCAAAAAGUGCAUUUCAAUGGAUAAUUUAAAUAAAAAUAUUUUCUCAAGAAUUGCAAUGAGACAAUGGUAUUCUACAACUAAUGACCAAGUUUAAUGAAAUGGACGUGUUUAUAUUACUGGUACCUGUAACUGUUCCUCUGCGGGGAAUAAACAGCAAAAAAUCAACGCUGGCGUGAUUUAAACUCGGUAAACGAAGAUGAAAAUAGGAGCGAAUAUAAAAACGGAAAAGGCAAAGAAGUUAUCUGAACAUUUAACCCUCUUUCUCAACAAGCAGCGUGUUCCACGUAUAUAUAUAUAUAUAUAUAUAUAUAUAUUUCAGCCCAAAAAAAUGUAGAAAUGUUGUAUUACAAUCACAAAGCAAAACAUAUCAAUGGCUGAGUAAAAGAGAAAAAAAAAAUAACACUAUCAUAUAAUUGUAAAUAUUUCUUCCAUGAGAACCAGACCAUACAUUGUUGGUGCUCUAUUUUAGCGACUCCUGAGAGACGAAAGGUAAAUCAAGCUCACCGGUAUUUGAGCUUAGAACGUAAAUUAAAUACUAGAACAAGGUAUUUAAUACGGUUCUCGAAUCGAUUUUCACCAUCCAUUCAGCUAUCAGUCACCAAUUGCUUGACCAGCUCCCUAAGCUGUAAUAACGAUAACAACAAACAACAACAACAAACUGACAAACAAUAUUCCAUAACAGCAACGUGAAUUGUGUGUUUCUGUCUAAUGCAUGAAGAAAAUUACUGCGCAAUUCUUAAAAUUAUUUGAAGACAUGGACUAUUAAAAUUUUAUUGAAAAUUGAAACCAAAUUGAAGAGUGAGCGAAAUAUGAUAGCACAAGAACGACAACAAAAAUGACAUAAAAGAAAUUUUAAAAAAAACAUAUCAGAAAGUAUAAAAGGAAAAAAAAUAGCCCAAAACAUUAAAACAAGUAAAAUGAGAGAGAGAGAGAGAGAGAGAAGAGAGAAGCAAGUCGAAAGCAAAUUAGGCCUAAUGAUGAAUUAAUUAAUAUAGUAAUGAUUUAGUUGAUGAUUGUUCAUUGGUUUUAAUAUGUAAAAUAUGACUAACGUGAAAUGUUUGACGUGUAAAGCUGGGGGAAAACACACACACAAAAAUAAAAAAAAAACAAGCAAACAAUGAAUGGCGGAAUGAACGGAUAGACGAAUGAAAGAAUGAAAGAAUAAAUGAUUUAUUAAUGGAAGUAAAUAAUGAAUAUAGUAAUGUAUAAAUAAAGACAAAAUGUAUGAAUAAAGGAAUGAUUAUAUAAUAAUUGAAUAAAACGGUUUUUCACUCAGAA